GUCCAAAACCAAGUCAGUGAGUCAGUGGCCUGUGUUGGCCCAUCAUUCCUACCGAUUCUUCUAAAAAAUUCUACAAAAUUAGAAUAGUAAAGAUUGAAGAAAUAGAAAUUGGAAAUGAUCGAAUCUUGUACGAAAAAGCGAAUGCUGCUAGGUAUUACAUUUUUAGGAGGAUUAACAGUUUUAGCGUUAAUUAUUGAGAGCCACUGGACAAGCAGCUCAAAUAAGCUUUAUGUUGACAAUUUUGAAAAUAAUUCCUCUUGUAUCUCGAAUGAUGAAUAUGAAGUGAUAUCUGAAUGUCAUCCGUGCACAGCUUUUGAAAUUGCUAGCGAAAGUAUCGGCAUAUGUAUCCAUGCAAGAUAUAAGGAAGUGCUAAAGUGUAAAAGUGGGGAAACAAUAACAAGGAGUUGCGACAAAGUAGCUUGGCUAGAGGAAAGAGCAUUUUGGAAGUUUGAAGGUUUUAUGUUUGCCUCGGCGAUUAUUUCUUGUCUUAGCACAUAUUGGAGAGAGAAUAUAUUAAGACAGAGAAUGAUCAGGAAAGUAGCAAAACAGUUACGAAUUAGCGUAUGAAUAAGAGUUUGUAUAUUUUAUAUUUUUAUAUUUUUGUGUUGUACUUGUAUGUUUGAAGAAGGAAAAUGAGUGAGGUAUAUUUAGCAAUAUAUUCUAUAGCAGACUUAUGUCUUGCACCGAUAGAAACAAUAAUAACUCUAUUUACCAUAAAAUAUUGUAAAUCCUCGAUUAAUAUCAAGCUAAUACCAACUAAGCAAGACUUAACCGAACAAGCAUAUAUAAUAAGUCUCUCAAAUUUUGUUUACGAGAUUAUAAAUAUGAAUGAAAUACCUUAUUAUGCAAGCUUGUGUGAAUUACCAAAUAUUGUUAUAAAUGAAAACAGCUGU